AUGCGUAAGGCGGUCGUACCAAAACAUUCUGGGGUUCAUCGCUUUGCUUGCCUGGCACUUUAUCGAUCCCUUCUCCGACAAUGUUCUCCUUCGGCCGGCAAUGCGUCGACCGACAAUGCACCAUGGCUAGGUGAGACUAGAUUUCUCGCGAGGCAGAGAUUCCGACGAUAUAAAGACCUUGAAAGCCCAUCACAGGUCGCAAAUGCCCUGAGAGCUGGCUAUCAGGCUCUGGACCUGCUUGACUCUGCCUCCAAAGGAAAUCGGCAACAUGAGCAGCAGAUCACAACAAUCCUCGCACAAGCAAGAUCAAUCAAGGAGAAACAAUCUGCCAUGCAAAGAGAGAUCAGUCAAUUGAACCCCCCGAAACCGCUGUCCGGAUUACGGCUCAAAAUGAAGGAGUCGAUUCGCCACGAGAAAGAGACUCAGCUGCGACAUCCGAAUGCUGAAUCGAUUUUCUCGCGCCCCCAGCGCAAGGUGAGCGGGAAGCGACAUGUGCCGGUUCUGGUCAAUGCCCGCGGAGUGCCUUUUCUCCGCAUUAAAAAGCCGCAGCCGAGGAAUCUUAGCAGUGUUAUUCGGACAAAGCUAGAUAAGCGAUGGAAUCGGAUUGUAUUACGAGAGCGUCUGCAAACAGAUCUUUUAUUCGCCAAGGAUGAAGAUGCAUGGGACUAUCUCACAAAAACCAAAGCCGAAGAUCGAUCUUCAUGGACUACAAGCAUCAGAGAAUCGCUAGAUGAUGUUUCUGAAAAAAUCAGCCAAACUGAUAAUGAAAACAGGGAAAUGUCAGAGCGCUUGUGGGAAAUUGUUCUUAAGGAACGCAAGUUGGCUGCAAAGGAAGAAAAUAAAAGACAGGCUGCGGAGGGAGAAAGACCUACAAGUGGAUUGUGA